AUGGUUGCUCCUCUUGCACUCAUCUUAAUGAUCCAGUGGAUGCUUCUGAACACCCAGUUGUGUGCCGGCUGGCACUGGACAGACUCGGAGAUGCCAGACUGACGUAUUAGAAAUUUGAUGCUGAAUCAGUGGAAAAUGGAACUGAGUUGGAUGAGCAGCAUGAAUUUCACUGAGAACCGGUGUUCAGUGACUGCAGGAGAUUUUACCGUGACUAUAAUGGCAGGGAAUAUGAAGUGCAUGUUUGGAAAUACAGCACCUCCUCUGCACUCUGGGGCAAGCUUUUCUGUUACAGGAGUGAACAUGAAUGGCACAUACUCAGGCGUAUGCAGAUGUAGUCCUCAAGGCAUGAAUGGGUCGGCCGUUGAAAACUUCUCCUGUGUGAUUUAUAACGUUUCCUUCAUGAACUGCACUUGGCAAGCGGGCAGGGAUGCUCCAGGAGAUACCCAAUAUUUUCUCUACUGGCAGAACUCGAAAUAUGCUGACGAGAUGGAAUGUGAGCUUUACAUUAAAGAUGAAAAUGGCAGGAACACGGGAUGUAGAUUCCAAAAUGUGAAGAUAGAGACUGAAAAAGCUUACUUCCUGGUGAAUGGGUCUAGCAAAGUCUCCCUGAUCCAGUUCUAUGAUGAGUACAUUGAACUGUAUAAAAUUG